UUCCCCAGAACUCAUGUAAGCCAGAUGCACAUGGUGGUACAUGCAUCUGGAGUUACUUGCAAUGGUUGGAAGCCCUGGCAUACCCAUGCUGUCUUCUCGCUCUCUGUUCUCCUUAUUCUUGCUCUCAUAAAUAUAAAUAAAGAUCAAAAGCAUGAAUUAAACGUUCUGGCCAACUGCCAUCCAUCAUACCACCAUCAUGUAUACAAGUUAUGUGCAGCCCAUCAAGCUCUUUAGGGCUGCCAAAGUGCUGGGCAGGACCGGUUCGCAGGGACAGUGCACUCAGGUGUGUGUGGAAUUUAUGGACGACACAAGCCGCUCCAUCAUCUGCUAUGUAAAAGGCCCUUUGUGCAAAGAAGAUGUGCUCACCCUCUUGGAGUCAGAGAGAGAGGCACAGAGAUAGCACUGAACUUGUUGUAGCCUGGAUCUACCAUUUGGCCCUCAAGAUGGCCUGUGACUGUUAAAUAAAGCAUUAACUGAUAAAAGAAAA